AUGACUCCGUUAAGGUCGUAUAUGCAGAAGAAGAAAAAAGUAGUAGGCAAAUAUAGCCCAGAUACAUUUCGCGUCAUUAGUGAGGAUGCUGAAUGUGAACACCCCAAGUAUCAGCGCACCCCAUACAGAUCAUCCUUUGAGCCUCCCACUCCAACAUUUCCACCUCUGGAGUCAAACAAUAAUGCAGACAAUGCUGAAAACAUCCAUCCUUUGCACUUAAAAUGCAGCUGUGUUUUGCCUUUGUUGUUGGCAGACUAUCGGAGUAAUAACCCUCAUCCAGCAUCUUGUGGGUUCUUAGAUAAAAAUGUUAGAUUCUUGAAUGAACCCAUUUGUAAUGUCUAUACAGCGCCAGUUCACCAUGAAGAAAAAUACUGGUGGCCAGCAAGAUCCAAUCCAGGCAAGCUCAAGAUUCCACCUUUCGCAGAAGAAACACACUACAGAAUACAUUACAACUGUCGACAUGUUCCAGUCAACUUCUUAAGAGAAAGAGAUGGAACUCAGAGAUUCAAUAAAGAAUGUGUAUCCUAUGAACAUAUAUACAACAGUCGGGCUAAUCCGAACUAUCCUGUCAGAGGAAAGCGGCAUGGAGCAUUCGUAUGGAAAAGGCUGGAUCCAAUCACCCAGAGGAAGUUUACUGAGUACUACGAAAGACUUAAGGAAGACGAGACAAGAGCUGGGGAAAAUGGACGAAAAAGUCCAUGUUCCAAGGAAGGCAGUAUCCAUGUUAUCAGAAGUACCAAUCACAAACUAUUUGGAGAAAACUCACUUAAACAAUAA